AUGUUACUGGAAUUUCUCUUCAAUAUACCAAGCGGCCGCAAGCGGCUGCCUAUCGGGGAGUUAGUCAAGCAAGUACCAGUUCGCAACGGACAGAUGAUUUGUUCUCAGCCGGCGCCACCAGCCACCGGGGCUGACCAGUACGAGCAGCAUGCACCGCGACGCCUAGCCCCGCUUUCAGUGGCUCGAGAGUGCCGGGACAGCUCCGGAAGCAUGGUCUGCGACCGGGUGCGACAUCAUCGACUUCAAGCUUCUCCUGGCCACAAGUCAGUGCUCGUUGCUGCAGCUCGCGAUUGCGUGGCUCCCUUUUCAUAG